AUGAGCAAUCUUGAGCCCCGGCGCGAGCAGUACACUGUAGGAUGGGUGUGUGCCCUGCCGACCGAAACGACAGCCGCGCAGGCAAUGUUGGACGAAACUUAUCCUGCCCUACCAUCGACGAAUGCUCACAAUUCAAACGUCUACAUUUUUGGGAGUGUAUGCAAUCAUAAGGUUGUUAUCGCGACCCUCCCAAGUGAUUCCUAUGGUACGACUUCCGCUGCUACCACGGCAAACGAAAUGCUGCGCGACUUUCCUGGUAUUCGGUUUGGUCUACUUGUGGGCAUUGGCGGCGGCAUCCCUAGUGAAGAGAACGACAUCAGACUUGGGGAUGUCGUCGUUAGCAAACCUCAAGGCACUAUUGGUGGUGUCGUACAAUUUGACCUUGGUAAAGAGACCAAUGAAGGUUUCGAGAGGACCGGGACACUUAACAGGCCACCCGACGUUUUGCUCAAAGCGAUUGCAUUACUUGAAUCUAGGCAUGCCCUACGUCGCUCGAUAGACGUGCCCAGAUACAUAUCAGAGGCCUACGAAAAAUUUCCCGACUACGAAGCCGAACAUCCAGGCCCUGAUCAAGAUCGUUUGUUUGAGGCAGCAUACGACCACGUUCCUAUGCAAGCCUCAACCUGUAAGCGGUGUGGCCUCGAUCAGCUUGUUAACCGCAAGGUCCGAAAAAGUCAGAACCCCGUCAUACACUAUGGUCUUAUUGGCUCCGGUAACCAAGUUAUCAAAAACAGUCGCAAGAGAGAUCUGCUUGGAGAGCAAGAUAUAUUGUGUGUUGAGAUGGAGGCUGCAGGCCUUAUGAAUAAUUUCCCAUGUCUUGUUAUUCGAGGGAUCUGUGAUUACAGCGAUUCCCACAAAAACAAACAAUGGCAGCCAUAUGCCGCGUUGGCGGCUGCAGCAUACGCGAAAGAGUUGCUCAGCACAAUUCCGGUUCUUGAAGUUGAAGCAGCCCCUGCAGCUCUUGAAAUGCUCCAGAAAAGUUAUAACAAGUCUAAAGGCCUCGAUGAGAUCAAGGAAAGCAUAGAGGAGAUCGCCGAACAAAACGAAGAGUCCCGUCAAGAAACAAAUCAUGAUAGGAUACGGAAUUGGCUUUCUCCUGCAGAUCCUUGGAACAAUUACAAUCGAGCACUUGAAACACGUCACUCGGAUUCAGGUGCAUGGUUUUUGCAAAGUCAGCAGUAUUUCCAAUGGAAGUCUUCCAUAGGGACAUCCCUAUGGUUGCAUGGGCUGGCAGGCUGUGGUAAGACGGUCCUCACCUCUUCCAUCAUCAAGAACCUGGAGCGAGAGAUCAACUCAGAUCCUCUUGCUUCAUCUGCACCGAUCUUGUUAUACUUCUUCUUCGAUUUUAGCGACAUGAAGAAGCAGACUUUGAGAGAUCUGGCAUUUUCGCUCGUCUACCAACUGCACCGUCAGGAUGGGAGCUUGCAGGAGCCUCUAGACUCGCUGCGAAAAGCCUGUGACAACGGGUACAGAGAACCGACGACACAGCAAUUACUAGAGGUCUUCUUGAACGCCAUAGAGAUCACGGAUCGUAAAUUGUAUCUAAUACUCGACGCUCUCGACGAGUCCAGUGUUCCGAGGCAGGAUCUGCUUGACUGGAUCAAGAGCAUUGCAGAGCUUGCCUCCCCGAAAGUUCAUCUGCUUGUUACUAGCCGCAAAGAAUCUGAUAUCGCAUCGAUCUUUGGUCGUGGCAACUUGAUGGGUCAGGUUGUCCCUGUUGAAACAGACAUCAUCAAUGAAGACAUACGAGCAUAUAUAGGACACAGAUUGCGAACAAGCGGUGAAUUCGGGAGAUGGAAAGACCGAGACGAUGUCCAGCAGAUGAUCCAGGAAUCGCUUAUGAGCAUGUCUGACGGGAUGUAA